GAGCGGCGGCGUGCUGCCAUUGGCAUCGCUGAACCACAUCAGCAUCGUUUGCAGUUCGGUGGAGGAGUCGCUACGCUUCUACAUGAAUGUCCUGGGCUUCAUCCCCAUCCGCCGCCCCGGAUCUUUCAACUUCAACGGCGCAUGGUUAUUUAACUAUGGGAUCGGCAUCCACCUGUUGCAAUGUGAAGAGCCACGGAGUUUGCCCGGGAAGACGGAGAUCAACCCCAAGGAUAACCACAUCUCGUUCCAGUGCGAGAGCAUGGUGGCGGUGGAGCGGCGGCUCAAGGAGCUGGGCAUCCCGUACAUCCAGCGGUGCGUGGAGGAGGGCGGCAUCUACGUGGACCAGAUCUUCUUCCACGACCCCGACGGCUUCAUGAUCGAGAUCUGCAACUGCGACAACCUCCCCGUUAUCCCGCUUGCCGACCAUACCUUCACCAUGGCCGCCUGCAAGAGGGUCGUCGCCGUCAAGCAACAGCAGAAGCCGCUGGCGGUACAAGCUCCUCCCCUGCAGACGACGGCGACAACCACGGCAGCACAGUGCGUGCCGUCAGCCAACAAGGCGAUGCAGCGUGUAGGCGGCGAGGAGGCGGCACACGUCUCGUGCGCGUGAGAUGGAAGAUGUAGCAUGUGUGUGUGGAUAGCUAACUUUGCCGAAAUGGUGGCGUGCGCGUCGCGGAUGGGGUGGUUCAUUCGUGUCGCGGAUGGGAUAUUAGGAUGUGUGGGUCCCGUGCAUGCGGGUGUCAUGUACGUGGGGCACCCUGCUAAAAAAUGCAAUAUAUCCAACAUAUUGUAUCA